AGGAACGAGACAGAUGCCCGACCGCCUAUCGCUCCAAUCGCUCCGUUCCUCCCUCCAGUCCUGCGCCUCUGACCUCUCCGAAGCAUCCCUCUUCUACGACGAAGUCGCGUGUGAAUCGCCGAUUCCGCGCCGGCCGCCUCCCGCUGCACGUGCAGCCUCUUCGGAGGCGCCGUCCGGAAACGACGAGGACGAGGCGGGCGCGGUGUGGGUCGUCGCGGCGGGCGGAGAGCGCGUCUUCUUCCCUCGCGCCGCCGCCGCAGUCUGCACGACUCUGGCCACCGCGGUGGAGCUUGACGGCGAGGGCGGAGGCGCACUGACGGUCGAUGCGGGCGGCGGGCGCAACGCGCUAAGCCCCGCCACCCUCCGCGCGGCGUGCGGCGCUUGCCUUCGUCUUGGAGGCGGCUCGACGUCCGCCGACGUUGUCGCGGCGGCGCCGCUGCCGACGCUGCUCCCGCUGCUGCGCGCGAGCGGCUACCUCGGGGUGGACGCGCUGCUUGAGCCGCUCUGCGCGCGCGUCGCGGCGGCGCUGGUCCAGCUGUCGCCUAGCGCGGCGCGCGCCGCGCUCGGCUGUGGAGGAGACGGGGCGGGAGGAGGCGAGGCGCCGCACGAGGACGCGCCGCUGGAGCCGCUCUCGACUCGCCCCGGCAGCGCAGCUCUGGCUCGCGCGCACGGCGGCGGCGGCGCCGCCGCGCCGGGAUGCAGCUCCGCCUCCGCCGGCAACGCAAUCACGGUGGCGGCUGGGGCCGCGGGCACGGCGCCAGUGUGCGCUGUAUGCGGUUGCAGUGCCGC